AUGACGCUGGGGAGACGAUUGUCCCUUGGAAUCCAGCCACGUACCAGAGAAUUGAAGCAUCCCCCUUUGUCCCCCAUGGAGCGCCUACCCGGUGCAGAUUCUGACUAUUAUGACGAUUGUGGAUUUGGUUUUGAUCGAAAUACCAACGAUUAUAAGGUACUUAAAUUUGUCACUAAUCAUUUCCCUGACGAGGAGGAGUUCGUGGAACGAAUUGAGCUGUAUUCUCUAAACAGCGAUUCUUGGAGAGAAAUCCCGAGUGUUUAUGGUUGUCUUACUCAUAAUGAUUCUUUUGAUACACAUAACAAUGGAAUUUAUUAUUGGUGGGUCGAUGACUUAGAUUCUCAUGCGAUCAUGUCUUUUGACUUUGCAAUUGAAACCUUUGAGAAGUUUUCACUACUUGAUUAUGAGAGAGGCAACAGAGAAAUAUAUUGUUUGGUAAUGAUGGAACACGGAGUCAUGGAGUCUUGGGUUAAACAAGUGAAUAUUGGACCCAUUUUAAGUGUCAAGAUGCCCCUAGGAUGGAUUUUACAAGAAUGGCAGAAUGUUUUUGGAAGUCUCUAA